UACAGGAACUUACUAAUAGCCAACUAUCUAGCAAAAAGAGCAUCUUUGGAGUAAUUUCAAUGGGAAAAAAUUGCGUAUUUUUUGCUAAAAAUGAGGAAAUACUCCGAUUGAUGAAGCAAAUAUCAGACACCUAAAACAUAAUUGUGGAUCAUUUAGUCGUUUAAAUCGUGAUGCCGUUGCAUGAUGGCCACUCAACAGAACCCAAACUAGAUUGUUAUGAAAUUUUAGUCUUUAUACUUGAGAAAAACCAGAGCCUCAAGCCUAAUGGGUCAUAAUGGUAUAUGGUUCUACGAAGUUCCAAAAAGGAGCUAAUACUGUGGCACAGCAAGUUUAAAUGAUAAGGAAAAUAAGAAAAAGGAGUAAGCUAAUGAAAACCAACCAUCAGUUUGCAAAUUCCUAUAUAAGUCUAGCCAAGUCAGCAAGUUAUCAAACCAACUGGCAUGUGCUGAUUGGCAAAAGUAUAAUGGCCUCAAAUGAUAUUAUCUUCCUGGAACUAUAAAUUUAGUGAGCAUGAGGCUCUUCACUUGUAUAUUGAAAACACACAAGAAAAACUUGGAGCUGAGGAGAGAAAGAUAAGGAAAGUAAGAAUAUGGCAUCAGCAUCUCUCCUUAAAACAUCUCCAGUCCUUGACAAGUCUGAGUUUGUAAAGGGGCAAUCCCUCCGCCAGCCAUCAGUCUCCGUUGUCCGCUGUCAUCCAGCUGCUCCCUCUGCACUUACUAUCCGUGCUAGCUCCUACGCUGAUGAACUCGUCAAAACCGCGAAAACUAUUGCAUCCCCUGGUCGUGGAAUUUUGGCCAUGGAUGAGUCCAAUGCUACCUGCGGGAAGCGUUUAGCUUCAAUCGGAUUGGAGAAUACUGAGGCUAACCGCCAGGCAUUCAGGACCCUGCUAGUUUCAGUUCCUGGACUAGGACAGUACAUCUCUGGUGCCAUCCUCUUUGAGGAGACUCUUUAUCAAUCAACUGUCGAGGGAAAGAAAAUGGUUGAUGUGCUUGUUGAGCAGAACAUUGUUCCUGGUAUUAAGGUUGACAAGGGUCUUGUUCCCUUGGCUGGCUCAAACAAUGAAUCAUGGUGCCAAGGUCUUGAUGGCCUUGCCUCACGCUCUGCUGCUUACUACCAACAAGGCGCCCGGUUUGCCAAAUGGCGCACUGUUGUGAGCAUCCCCAAUGGUCCUUCUGCACUUGCAGUGAAGGAAGCAGCCUGGGGUCUUGCUCGCUACGCUGCUAUUUCUCAGGACAAUGGGUUGGUACCUAUCGUUGAGCCAGAGAUCUUACUUGAUGGUGAACACAACAUUGACAGGACCUUUGAAGUCGCCAAGCAGGUGUGGGCUGAAGUUUUCUUCUACCUUUCCCAGAACAAUGUCAUGUUUGAAGGUAUCUUGUUGAAGCCCAGCAUGGUCACCCCUGGAGCUGAGUGCAAGGAGAAGGCCACCCCACAGCAAGUUGCUGACUACACCCUCAAUCUCCUCCGCCAAAGAAUCCCUCCUGCUGUCCCAGGGAUCAUGUUUUUGUCUGGCGGACAAUCUGAAGUUGAGGCAACUCUUAACUUGAACGCCAUGAACCAAAGUCCCAACCCAUGGCACGUGUCGUUCUCAUAUGCCAGAGCCCUUCAGAACACAUGCCUCAAGACUUGGAGUGGAAGACCAGAAAAUGUGAAGGCAGCUCAGGAUGCCUUGCUUGUUAGAGCAAAAGCCAACUCUCUUGCGCAGCUAGGGAAAUACACCGGUGAAGGUGAGUCCGAUGAGGCCAAGAAGGGAAUGUUCGUAAAGGGAUACACCUAUUAAGUGUCUACCAAAGUCUAUAGAUAUUUGAUGAUGAGGCAUGUAAUGUAGCCAAAUCGAACUGCAUAAGUGCUUGUAGCUUCUCCUCAAGACUUUUUUUGUUCAUAAACUGUGUGCUUUUAGCAAUUUAUAACAUUCAUCUCCCUCGGUUGGUUUA